ACCAGAGCUUGGCACGACUGCUCCUGAUAGUUCUAUCCAUUAGCCGCUGCCUGAACCGGCAUGUGACAUUCCAGCACCAACCUCUGAUCCACCUGCUGAAGACACUCUUAACAGCUUUGAUAACCCGGAAGCUCCUAGCCCGGUCAAGACAGUUGAUCCGGACAUUGAGAUUCUGAAGACUCACUUUGUUGAGCCAGGGCGACCCACCGUUCUUGCCAAAUGCUUUGCUAAGGAGGAACUUCUGGAACGUCGAAAGGCCAAGCUAGAUAUUGCUGACUAUACUCAUUUGAGUAUUGGAGAUAUAGUCUCUGGCUAUCUCAAUCAAGUACAUAGCAGCCGUGACCUGGAAAUUGGCAUGGUGAAGCAAAUACAGCAAAAAUCUGAGGCCACCAUAAGUCAAUUUGAGUCGGAGAUGGCUGACCUGAAGAACCGCCUGGCCGCUCAAGAACUUGAGAUUCAAAAGGCCAACUCCAAAUUUGAAUUCAGUGUCUCUGAACAAGAGAAGCUGAAGAAGAAUUUUGAGGCAGAGAAGAAAAUCUGGGCUGAUGAAAAGGCUUCACUGGUGACCCGGGCUGAGACGGCAGAGGCAUUACUUGCAGAAGCAACAACGGAGCUAUCCGACUUAAAACGCCAGAUAUCUCAAAUGGUCUCAGCGAUCUUUGGCCCUAGGAGCACAAACCUCAAGCAGAACAUGUUGAUCAAGCUGAAGGCGGUUUAUACUCUUGUGGAGAAGCUCUACAUCGCGUCACGUGCUCUGGCCGUUGUAGCUUUAUCAGAUGACGUUCCUCACCUCCUGCAAUACUUAUUGAAAUGGCUUGCUUCACUACCUCAACGGAUCCAAGAUCUAAGGCGGGCAUCCGCAAGAGCCGAGGCCGUAGCGGUGUUGAGCCGGGCGAAAGCCUGGAUCCCGGAACUAGACCAAGCCGACCUCGCUCUUGGAUACCCCAGUCUUAAAGAAGAUGGGACCGUAUUUGAUGGACAUGACUUCACCGCCUAUGUCAAAGUUAUACGCCCCGUGGCCACUCUUAUUGGGAACGAUACUGAUCUUACCAAGUAUCAGCCGGGCUAUGACCAGGAGAAUCGGAGAAUCCUAGCACCUCCCUUUGAUGAAGUCAGCCUGAUCCCUCCAACCCGUAAGCAUACCUUUGCCCCUGAAGUGGACCCAGCCAGUUUAAUAGAUGAUGAAGCCGAAUUUGAAGCCUUGAGCGGCAUUGACUGGGCCUCGUCAACUUUCCAGGACAAAGCAGCCGACAAAGAAGCGGAGAAGGAUAACCCGGAGCAUUCAAGUCCGCCAAAAGAUGAAACGCCAGGCGUUUAUGACUUUGCAAAACAAUGCUUCAUUAUUCAGACUCGGGGAGUCUUGUAAUAGGGUAGAAAGAACCUCUUCAAUUUUGUCAUGCCUUCGCGCAUGUUUAUGGCGCUUAAUACUUUCGUAAGCCUCCAUCGAUAUAUAUACUUCCAGCUUAUAUUGAUCUUU